GUGCCGGCGCCUGGUGAUUGCCUAGCAUCUCCUCCCUGCACAGCAUAGCCAUCCAAAGCAGUGUGAUUACAGUGAAGCACACACACACAGACACAAUUAACCCUUUGAUCGCCCCUCAUGUUAACCCCUUUCUGCCCAGUGCCAUUAGUACUGUGUCAGUGUUUUUUUUUAUCACUGAUCACUGUAUUGGUGUUACUGGGGAUUUCAGUGACACCAAGUCAGUUCCCCCCAGUGUCAGAAUGCCUGCCGCAAUCCCACUAUAAGUUUUUGAUCGCUGCCAUUACUAGUAAAAAAAAAAAAAAAUUCCAGUAUCUAUACCGCCAUUUAAAAAUGCUAAAACUUUCAUGCAAACCAUUUAAUUUA